CUGAGUUUUUACUCGUUUCUCCGACUCUCUGAAUGUUUAUGAUGUGAUGUACGUUUGAUUUCGCUAGAGUUUUAGUGGUUUUGUUUUGAUGUUUAUUGCUGUCUCUAGGUUUCUUGGGUUUCUCUGUUUGACUUGUUUCGUUUUUCUAGCGAUUCUUGGGCUUUUCCUCUAUUUUGUGUUUCACGGCUAGUUCAUUUUCAUCUUCGUAUACUAUAGCUUUCUUGAGUAUUUCUUUUCCUUUAUUUUUAUUUAUUUUUUUUUUUUUCAUUUUGAGGAGCGUUAGGUUUAUGUCUUCUGAGAAAAAAAUGACGUAAUUCAUUAUUUUUAUCUGGGUUCGCUUUUCUUUCUGUUCUUUGGUUUGGAGAUGUUAUUGUAGGUGAUCUGGUUUAUUAUUUGAUUUAUAUUUUUGAUAGGCCGAUUUAUUAUUUGAUUUAUAUGCCUCUCGAGUGUUAUAUGCCUCUCGGGUGAAAACGCGUUCUGUCAUAUUUUUACUCAAUUUUCGAUUAUACCAUGUGGUUUUUUGGGCGUUGUUUCGGGCUUCUGUGGUAAUUUGCUAUAGUUUCAUCUCCCUUUGAUGUUAAUUUUGUCAGAGAUGUCUCUGCUUGGAAAGAAAGGUUUCAAAAUUUGAUUCGUUGGUUAAUUUAUCUUCUAAUUUAGUCUGUGGUAUCUGUUUUGGGCUUUUUCGGAUUGCGUGCUUAAUAAUGUUGAUAGCAGGGUAAUCACUGCACGCCAAAUGUCUUUUGAUCUCAACGAAAAACAUUUGUCAAUUUUUCGGUUUUGUUCCAAGAAGUCGGGGAGGCUAUUGGAUUUGCGGAAGAUCUUUUUUUGGGAUUGGACGUGACAAUUUUCAGUUUUCUUUUUGUGGAUAGCUCCAUUCUCAUUGCAUUCUAAGAAAGUUAAGAAAUUGUUUCUGUGAAAGCGGCACUUGGUUGGGUCUUUGCGUUGAAUUAAUUGAUGGGGAGAACGCCACGCCGGCAGCCAGGGUAUCAUUUUGAUCCUACUGAUGUUCAGCUGGUUGUUUUUUAUCUAAAGAGGAAAGUUAAGAAGAGAAGGUUCCAUCCUCGAGAAAUUGCAGAGGUUAACAUCUACGAGUGUGCCCCAUGGAAUCUUAAAGAAAAAUCCAUUUCGAGAAGUGGUGAUCUGAAAUGGUACUUCUUUUGCCCAGUUGAGAAAAAAUAUGCAAAUGGGCCUAGAGUGAAUCGCUCAACUGAAUUUGGGUACUGGAAAAGCACCGGAAAGUGUAAAGAUGUUUGUCACAAUGAAGUGUUGGUGGGCUCAAGAAGAACAAUGGUUUUUCACAGACAAAGUGAAGAACAAAGGGAACGAACAAAUUGGGUUAUGCGUGAGUACAGUCUUAACUAUGAGAAUCUGGCUAUGGAAGAUGAUGUUCCGAACACAUAUGUGCUUUGUAAGAUUUUCCAGAAGAAGGGCAAAGGGCCAAAAAAUGGUGCCCGAUAUGUAGCACCAUUUAAAGAAGAAGAUUGGAGUGAUUGGAGUGAUGUUGAGGAGGCUGACUGUGCAGAAGAUGUUACCUUGGCUGGCAGGUCUACCACAAGUUUUAUGCUGCCUAAUAACACUAUCAGUUCAGCUGCUAUUGGCACCACAUCAUUGGUUGGCGCGAUAUCUGAGUCAUGUCUAUCUGAAACUGUGCCAUCACGGUGUGAGGGGAUCAUUUCAGAUGUUCCCCAUAAUAAUGUCUCGACAGUGCGUGCUGAUAAUGAGGAUGAGAAUUCAAUGCUUGCUCACCACCUCGCUGAGGACAACACUGUGAUUUCGUGUGGAGAUGAGAAUCUCAGUCGUGAUGAAAUUGAUCAUGACGAUGAUCCUUUUUUCCAUGAGUUGAUAAACAUGAUCAAUUGGGACCAGGACGAGACUGCUGGACUGAGUGUAGAUGGAUGCAAUGUUCAGGAAGCCAGUGUUCAUCAGGAGGAUCGUAUUUACAUGAUGGAUCUAGACUCACCACUGGAUAGCUGAUGGGUAGAAAAAAAAAAAAGGAUCAGCCACUAAUUAAUACCUUUUUUCUUCAAUACUUACACCCAUGAAAUUAUACCACAAAAAUACUUGUAAGAUAGUGUGUGUUUAUUAUUUGUGAUUGAUAUACGGUGGAAUCAUUUUUGUUGAAACUCCCGAAUUUUGGUGGCAUUGAUAUGGGAUCGAUUUUAUCAUCCCAUUAAUGCCCUGCAUGCGAGCUUGUAUGUACUUUGUGAUUCUGUUGCUAAUUGAUGUUUCUAAUAACUGCUCUAAGUCCACGAGGGCAAUGUUAGAAAAAUUUUUAUGAGAA